ACUUUCUUUGGCAUUGUCCGCUAGACAAAUGAUGUAAAAUUAAGCCUUGGGCAGUAGAAUGUUUUCGUUUUAAAUCAUUGUCGUACGUGUAGUGAAGCUGUAUUGAGUCAUUGACAACCUAAAACCACUGUAAAUCGUAGUAGUUUCAAUUUAGAUCAUGUGAAGUGGACAUUCGAUGUGAAGCUGAAAAAAAUACUAACAAAAUCAGAAACGAGUGAAACUCAAACCAAAAUAUUGGUUUUUCCAAUGUGAAUUUUUACAAUAAAACAUAUCUUUUGAAGCCAAGUAAAGAUUUGGAGAAGUUCAUGUGGUGCGUCUUGUGUUUAGUUUAAACUUUGAAGGAUUGAAAAAAAUAUCAAACUGCCGUUCAAAUGUUGUCGUAUUUUUGAAGUGAAAAUUAAAAUUUUGUUAAAAAACGGAUUGAAAAGUCUUCCUUAUGUCUGUUGAACAGGCUCUGUUCCGAGUGCUCUGUUUUAAUUUUAUAGCCGUCUUUAAUUUUUAAAAUAGCGAAUUUAUGAGAACCACCAAUACAGCAUUUGGGCGAAAUGAUAAUAAACUGGAAUAAUAAUAACAUGAAUAUCAUCAUGUUUAGUAAAGAUUGUUUAGAAGCAAUGUUGUUAAGUAUACAAUGUUUACCUAUCAAAACCCAAUUUUUAAGUUAAAGCAACGGCAUUAAGUUCAAAUCCUGAAGCUGCGGCUACAACUAAAAAAAAUGAGUUUGAUCGGUGAAAACAAAAAUAUCCGCAUAACUGUUUGGUUAGUUGAUCAUCAUUUUGCCCACGUUUUUACACCUUAUUGGCAGUUUUUGGUGUCGAUAACCACCAUCAAAAUGGAUAACUUCAAUGUAAUCUUCACGAAGCAAACCGUUUUCAUCUUUAAUUUGCUAUUUGGCGUCACUGGAAUUUCAAUGCUAGUACUUAGCGCUCUUAUCUACGCCGAUUAUCAUCAAUUUCGAGACUUUAUUGGAGAAUAUGCAUGGAUUGCACCAUUCUUUCUAAUAUGUGCUGGUGGUAUUGUGUUCCUGAUCACGGUUCUCUGUUGCUAUGGUACAAUCAAAGAGAAUGCACGGAUGAUUCAAAUUUUUUUGGUCCUAUUGACGUGGCUAUUCUUUUUUGAAAUCGCAACAGCGGUUGUGGUCUACGUGAAAAGGAAUCAGUUCAAUGGAACUUUAGACAACAGCUUCGAUUCAAUGCUCAACAAUUACGAGAAAAAUAAGGAGAUUUGGGAAUUUGCACAAACUGAGUUGAAAUGUUGCGGCGUGAACAGCCCAAAAGAUUGGACACGAACACUGAAUAACGCUAGUAUUCCAAUGUCAUGCUGUCAAAAUCGAACUACGGAAAUCACUGAUUGCACCGAGGAAAUUGCAAUUAAAAUCGGCUGUAAAACACUUUUGUUGACCUAUUUGGAAAGAUUGUCAAUCACGUUGGCGGGUGUGGGCUUUGGCAUCGGUUGGAUUCAAAUUGUCGUCAUUGGAUACUCUUGCUUCUUGUUCAGCGAAUUUCGGAGGAAUUUCGGCCAAUUCACACAAAGACUCAUCUGAUUUAAUGGCACUUUUUUAUGUUGAUUAUAAUAAUUAUAUCAACAUUAUACUAUCUUAUCGUUUAUUCUCAUAUGACAUAACGCAUGAAAUCAUUUGUAUACCAUUCAAUUAUAUUAACAAUAUGAACUCUUUAGAAAUAUGAUAAAUAAGUAAAAACAAACAGAACAGAAUAAGCAAAUUUAUUUUACUCGAAUGGAAAAACUUUGUUUGUUUAUAUUUCCAACUUUUCGAUUACGAAGACGAACAAGAAACGUGUUCGCAUAUAAUCUCAUAAUAAAAAUGGUAAUCGAAAGAGAUACAUACAAGUUUUUGUAGUUUCUCUCUCUCUCUUUCUUCCUCUCUCUCUUUCUUUGGUCUUACAAACCAUUCAAUUUACUUCUUUGGUCAAACAUAUUUCCCAAGUAGCACCGAUUUGUUAAAAUCUUGUAACUAUAAGUAAGAGGUAAAAUUUAUAUAACGUAAUUAUAACCAGAUUGUAACCGGAUGAGUUGCAUUCAUUCCUCGAUUUGUACCAAGUAGCAACAGAAAGACGGUUAAAAUUGCGUUAUAUUUUCCAACAUAGAUGUGUAUAACCAACUUUGGUGCAAGUUACUCAAAUAUAACUAACAUACAAUAUAAAAUUGGUUACAAAUCUGGAUCGGUGUUACUCGGAUUUACUUUCAUUUUUCGGAAAUACCUCUCGUAACUAUGCAAAAACAAGGUAUAGGAUUAUUUGCCGCCGAUUUUUUUUUAUCCAAUGAAUAUAAAUUCAGGUGUUUUGCGUCAUUAGAUAGCAGUUUUGCUUCGAGUUUCAAAGGAAUGUGUGCGAAAAAGAGGUGAAAGGAGACAAACAUUGGAAAGAGUAGAAACAGAUCAUUGAAAGCCAAGAACUAAUAUCUUAAUUUAUUAAGAAUCUGAAUAAAGCUAGAAAAGAAGAGAGAGAGAGAGACAUAGAGAGAUAGAGAGAGAGAGAGACAUAGUAAACAGCAAACAUUUAUUGUUCAUUGAACUCGUCUGACAACUCUGUCAAACUAAAGUUUCGGUCCAGCUAGGUUGGGCGCAAAACAAAUAUUUAUUCAUUUGUUAAUAAAAAUGUUCCGUUUAGUUUGUAUAUUAUC